CAGAAGGCAGUGUUCUAGUUGUGUUUCUAGUUUGUGGCUGAAGGUUUUUUUGUGUGUGUGUGUAUUUUCCAGUUAGACCCAAGAAGAACUGGACAGAACGGCAAUCAUUUGUCCCAACCCCAACAAAUCGGCAGGCUCUAGAAAAUCUAGCAUCCUUUUUUUUUUUUCGCAUCUGCUGUUCAGGAGUCUGUUUGGCCUCUGAGUUCAGUGUUUUCCAGAAUUUACAGUUGGUAGAGUCAGAGAGGGUUUAGAAAUGCAGGCUGGUACGGUGUCAAAACAUUUCGUCGCAUUGGGUGUCCAGCUUGUUACUGAUGUUUUGACUGGUCUCCUGUCCAGCAGCUGGGAAAUGGGAGAUAGCUUUUCUCCAGAGGGAAUCCAGGAUGAGGGAAGCAGCUCAUCUUCAGAGGACACUCAGUGGACCCCUUUGCGUUGGUCAAGAUCCAGCAUGAAGUCCGAGAUAAAGCGCCUUCAGACAUUUCGACUCUGGCCAGCGAGCGUUCCUGUUUCUCCAACUGAUCUGGCAGCUGCUGGUUUUUAUUUUGUCGGUCCUGCUGACACCGUCCAGUGUUUCUGCUGUGGUGGGUUAUUGUACAAUUGGGUAGCUGACGAGGAUCCUAUGGUAGAGCACAAGAAAUUCUUCCCAUCAUGUCUGUAUGUCCAGGAUAAAAUUGUAGGAAAUUGCCAACAGAUGCCUUGGAGCGAAGAACACCAUGACUGUGUAGAUGGCCAAUUUCUUGGCAUGCUACAAAGUUUAAAUGUGGAGGAGACCCCUGUAAGUGGACAGCCAGAAUAUACAUAUAUGGAGGCUGAAGGAGAUCGGUUGGGGUCCUUUGAGAAUUGGCCAUCUUAUUCUCCAGUGUCUCCCCAGUUGUUGGCCAGAGCUGGCUUCUUCUAUACAGGCCAACAAGAUUAUGUGCGGUGUUUCUAUUGUGAUGGUGCACUGAGGAACUGGGAACAAGGAGAUGAUCCCUGGAUCGAGCACGCCAGGUGGUUUCCAAGAUGUGCAUUUUUGCUCCAGUCCAGAGGGAGAGAUUUUGUAAAUCACACUCAACAAUCGAAUGUAAUGUUGGAAGACAACUUGCAUUGGUCUGAAGACUAUUCCGAAAGCUCUCAUGAGUCUAUGGAAAGAGAACCGGAUCCUUGGAGAGUGAGAAGAGAGACACAAAUAGAACAUUCCCAUGAGCCAGAAUCCACUACCAGCAUGGAAGAAAAACUGCGCCGGCUUCAAGAGGAACGGAUGUGCAAAGUGUGCAUGGACAAAGACGUGUCCAUUGUGCUGGUUCCUUGUGGCCACCUAGUGGUGUGCGCUGAAUGUGCUCCCAAUCUGAGGCGCUGCCCCAUCUGCAGAGGGGUCAUUCGGGACAGUAUGAAGGCCUUCUUGUCCUGACCUGAAAGAACGUUCCCAGCAACUUAACCCUUCCUCUGGACGAGCUCCUUUGGCCCAAGACGACUCAGCUCUGCCUGAUGGGGAGAACCAGAACCAAACAAGGACUUGAAUAAAUAUACCGAGUUGCUUUAUUUAUUGAACUAUUUAUUUAUUUGACCAUUUCCCAAAAAAUAAGACUCGUUUCCUCUGAACCCUUACACCCACCCGAUGAUCUUGCGGGAUGUAACUUCUUUUAAGACCUCCUUCUAUUUCAACGAUUUCAACGAUGAAAGAUAAAACCAUUUUGAGGUUUCUCUUGUGGAGAGACUGGUAGCUUCAUGGCAGGGGCGGGGGGGGAGGAGGAAUUAUU